AUGAUUCUAUUAGGAUGGAACUGUCGAGGGCUUGGGCAAUCUCGAACAGUUCGUAUUCUUAAUGAGAUGCUGACAUCUCAUAAGCCCGAUAUUCUCUUUCUUUCUGAAACUCUUGUAGAAGGUAAUAAAGUUGAAGUUCUUGCUUCAAAAAUUGGUUUUGUUAAUUUUCAUUCAGUAGAUAGACAAGGUAGAGGAGGUGGUUUGGCUGUUUUCUGGAAGAAUAAUGUUCGAUGUUCAAUUAUGGACUCCUCUCAAAAUCAUAUUGACAUCAUUAUUGAGGAAAGGCAUAAUGUGUCGUGGCGUUUAACUUGUUUUUAUGGUUUCCCUGAGCGAGAAAGACGUCAACAGUCAUGGGACUUUCUUACUCUUUUGGCCACUAAGUCUCAGCUCCCAUGGUGUAUUUUUGGCGAUUUCAAUGACUUACUUUAUGCCUCUGAUAAGAAAGGGAGGCACCCUCAUCCGCAAUAUUUGCUUUCUGGCUUUAAACAGGCGAUCGAGGAUUGCUCUCUUGCUGAAGUCGAGCUGUCAGGAGGAGCAUAUACUUGGGAGAAAAGUAAGGGUACUGCUGAUUGGGUUAGAGAAAGACUGGAUAGGGCGUUUGGUAAUGACUCUUGGUGGCAAAUGUUUCCUUUGUGCACACUUACUGUUUUCCAUGCUGUGGUCUCAGACCAUGAGCCAGUAAAAUUAGAGUUGGUUAACACUUCAGUUACUAAAAAGCAGUUCCAAUUUAGGCUUGAAAACACGUGGUUAAAGGAGGAGAGUUUUCAUGAAGAUGUGGCUAAAUAUUGGAAAAAUCUUCCUGCUGUUCAUCUGUUGCCAAAGCUUAUUUCAGUUUCAAAUUAUAUGGCAGAAUGGGGCAGAACUUUCUUCCAUAAAUUCCGAGAAAAAGUCAUUAAGCAGAAAGAGGUGAUUGAGCAGUAUAAGGACAGAGAGGAUGAUGAUGGUAUUCAAUUAUAUUUUGAUGAAAAGGAGAAACUUAAUGAGUUGUUGCUUAAUGAAGAGCUCUACUGGAAACAAAGAGCAAAGACGUUUUGGCUGGAGGCUAGAGAUACCAACUCUAAAUUCUUUCAUGCAUCAGCAUCGAGUAGAUAG